CGCUAUGAUGGAGGUGGCGGUAGAGGGAGGGAACAAGCCAAUGAUAAAACCUCCUUCCCUCGCUGUUCCGCCGGGUCGACAGCGAUUCUUCCCCACACGCUGUGGUGAAAUUCUAACGACACUGAAAAGGAAUACAGUUCUUUAUCAUCAGACUAAACGGACCUAGUUUUUCUUAAAAUCGAUAAUAACAUGAUACGCAUUUUACGGUGACCGACGUAUUUCAAUUGGAAUUUGAAUUCUCUCGGGUUCCGAUUAGGCGCGCGCGCCAUCCUAAUUAGCUUACCGGCUACUCGGACGUCUUUCUACCAACGGGAUUUGACAAGUGGACCUGCGGAUGUUCUGCUGCUCAUCUGCUGCUGUUACAGUUGCACAAUGGCCACCUCUUUGUAUCGUACGUUAGCUCAGACCCAAAGAAAUUUUAGCCUGCUUAGUAUUAUUAUAGGAUAACAAUAAGCCCCCUCAAUUGGGACACUAUAUAUUUUUGCUAGUCCCUGAUAAGUCCUGUAGAGCAGGAGGGUAUUCAAAAAGAUAUUUAUUUCCUUAUACCUACAAUAGUUGUUCGGUUUUUGUGUUAUAGCAUUUGUAUUUUUAAAAAGUAAUCAGCAGUCAUGGUUUCAACAACGACAACAGUUACGGCAAUUGUAGUCGCCACUACAUUAGCGCAGCAGGGCCCCUUGACAGAAUACUUGUGGCUGUUGAUAACUGGCUUCAUCAUCGCCUUCAUCUUGGCCUUUUCGGUCGGCGCCAAUGACGUGGCCAACUCGUUCGGCACGGCAGUCGGCUCUGGGGUGGUCACCCUAAAGCAAGCUUGCAUUCUGGCCACGGUGUUCGAGACGCUGGGCUCAGUGCUACUCGGCGCCAAGGUCAGCGAAACCAUCCGCACGGGCAUCAUUGACGUGAACGUUUACAACGUUUCUGAACAGUCGGUGUUGAUGGCCGGGUCCAUCAGUGCCAUGUUUGGUUCUGCCGUGUGGCAGCUAGCUGCUUCGUUCCUCAAGCUGCCCAUUUCAGGAACGCACUGUAUUGUUGGCGCCACCAUUGGCUAUUCUUUGGUAGCCAAAGGCCAGGAGGGAGUCAGAUGGUUUCAGCUUCUUCGAAUUGUUGCUUCUUGGUUUCUGAGUCCUCUAUUGUCCGGCUUGAUGUCUGCUGUGGUUUUCUACUUUGUACGCGUGUUCAUCUUGCACAAGAAAGACCCGGUGCCAAACGGAUUGAAGGCCCUGCCUGUGUUUUAUGCCAUAACCAUGGGCAUCAACCUCUUUUCCAUUAUGUUCACUGGAGCGCCAAUGCUGGGAUUCGACAAGCUCCCCUGGUGGGGCGUUCUUCUGAUCUCGCUGGGCUGCGCGCUGCUAACAGCCGUUGUGGUCUGGUUCAUCGUUUGCCCGCGCCUGAAGAAGAAGAUUGAACGGGAUAUCAAAUCUGCCAGCCCCUCGGAGAGCCCCCUGAUGGAGAAGAGCGAGCUGAGAGAGCCCCAUUGUCCCAUCCUCAAACAGACCGACAAAGAGGCGUCGGCAGUGCCCGCCCCAGCCGCCGACCAAAGCCCGGCGGCCCAGCCAGUCUCCGAGGAACGUCACGUGGCUUUUAACAUCGGGGACGGCGACGAGGGCGAUGCUAUCAAAGAGCGCAAGGUGGCGUUUGACAUUGGAGAUUCGGAUGAAACUGAGUGCAACAAUUCAAACGGUGUUGCCAAGCAACACAGCAACGGUUCUGUCACCGGACCGCAUCAGGUCCAAUUCAACAACCGGCCAGCGCAGAUCCCCAGCAACGGUUACAGCACGUAUCACACGGUCCACAAGGACUCGGGCCUGUACAAGGACCUGCUGCAUAAGCUCCACCUGGCAAAGGUUGGCGACUGCAUGGGCGAAGGCGGCGAGCGGCCCAUCCGCCGCAACAACAGCUACACGUCAUACACCAUGGCCAUCAUCGGCAUGCACGCCGACUUCAAGCACAAAGACGGCGAGCCCCAAGACGGGGUCCCCGGACAGGGGCAAGACAGGAAGCGCAUACGAAUGGACAGCUACACCAGCUACUGCAACGCCGUGGCCGAGCACGCCACGCCCGAAGGCCUCGGCGAGGACGACGCCACGCUGGAAGCGGGCAAGGAGGACGCGGGCAGUACCCAGGGUUCCUUGGACGAGGACGGACUGGACGCCGACAAACCCGAAGUGUCCACGCUCUUCCAGUUCCUACAAAUCCUCACUGCUUGUUUCGGGUCCUUCGCUCACGGCGGGAACGACGUCAGCAAUGCCAUCGGUCCGUUGGUCGGGCUUUGGCUGGUGUACGACAGCGGCAGCAUCACGUCCAACCAAGAAACGCCAAUCUGGCUGCUGCUCUACGGGGGCGUGGGGAUCUGCAUGGGCCUGUGGGUGUGGGGGCGAAGAGUGAUCCAGACCAUGGGCAGGGACCUCACCCCUAUCACUCCCUCAAGCGGUUUCAGCAUCGAGUUGGCAUCGGCCCUGACCGUGGUGGUCGCCUCCAACAUCGGGCUGCCCGUCUCCACCACCCACUGCAAGGUGGGUUCCGUGGUGGCCGUGGGCUGGCUGCGUUCCAGGAAAGCGGUCGACUGGCGCCUCUUCCGCAACAUCUUCAUGGCCUGGUUCGUCACCGUGCCCAUCUCGGGUCUGAUCAGCGCCGCCAUUAUGGCCAUCUUUAUUUACGCCUUUAAAAACACCAUGUGAUGCUUUCUCGCUCUCCCCGGGAGAAGAGAGUAGACGACCGCUUCGGCGUGCGCCGAGAGGAGUCGGGCGGGGUUCAUAUACGUUUAGCUUACCUCCAGUCAAGGAGGGGGGGAUACCUAGAGCUGUUUAUGGGACCUUUCAUGUUCACGGCUGCAUCAUGUAAACAGCCUAAGUGUUGCUUGUUUCACUCGGGCCUCCCAUAGAGAACAUCUACAGUUCUUUGUUCUCACUUAUUUUUUUCUAAUUUUGUUUUCUUACAGUUCUGUAAAUACAAGUGAUUUUUUUUUUUUUUUUACAUAAUUCAGAAAAAGAACAACUAACAUGCAGUAUUAGACUUGCUAAUGUAACGUUCCUGUUAUAAAGCGCUGGAGUUGACAUUGAUGCAGGAGUUAUUUUUAAGAUGGAAUUAAGGUUAUUGCUGUGGAGAAGGAUUCUGCCCUACUUUCAAUUGACGUUAGGACUCUCAUACGAUGGGAAACUGUUGUAUUCACUACAUUUGAAAAUGGAAGAAAGCAAAUUGAACGUUUUGGCUAAAGAGGAAUGGACGGAAUAUGAUGAGGGUUAGUGAAGGGGGGGGGGAAUGGUUGGAAUUGUCACUUUAAAAUCUGACUUUUGCCUUUAUUCUCAGAAUUGACUUAAGUGGGAAUUGUGACCUGGAUUUUAGAAUUUUGGGAAAGUCAGAAUUGUUACCAAAUCAGCGCUGACUAAAGUCAGAAUAUUGAGAAUAAAGUCGGUCUUACUUUAGUUCGACUCAAGACAAGUCGGAAUAUUAGAAUUUAAGACUAAAGUCAGAAUUCUGACUUGAAUCUGAAUACUGAGAAUAAAGGGUUAACUUGAUUUAACUUUAGUUUGACUUAAGUCAGACUGACUUUACGUUGUCUUAAGCCGAACUACAGUCAGACAGACUUAAGCCGGACUGACUUUACCGACUAAUGUCAAGUCUGACUUCAACUUAAGACAAAUCGCAAUCUUAGAACUUUUAGACAAAAGUCAGAGUUCUGACUUGGAUCGGAAUACUGAGAUUAAAGUCUAAAACUGAUUUAGUUUGAUUUAAGAGGAACUAAAGUCAGUCCGGCUUAAGACAAGUCGGACUCUUAAAACUUUAAAGUCAGAAUUCUGGCUUGGGUCGGAAUACUGAGAAUAAAGUAAAAAAUUGACUUAAGUUCAAAUUAAAUCAGACUGACUUUAUGUUGUCCUAAGCCGAACAUAAGUCAGACCGAUUUAAGUUGGACUGACUUAGUUUGACUUGAGAGGAACUGAAGUCAGCUUGUCUUGUCAGCUUAAGACAAGUCGGAAUCUAAGAACUUUAGACUUGAGACUUUUCUCAGUAUUCCAACCCAAGUCAGAAUUCUGACUUUAAAGUCAAGAUUUGACUUUAGUUUGACUUAAGCCGAACUAAAGUCAGACCCGAAAUCAGUCAGUCUGACUGUUUGACUUAGUCGUUAAAGUCAGUCCGGCUUAUGUCAAGUGUGACUUAAGUCAAACUUCGGCUUAAGACAAGUCAGAAUCUUAGAACUUUAAGACAAAACUCAAGAGUUUUGACUUGGAUCGGAAUAUUGAGAAUAAAGUCAAAACUUGACUUUAGUUCGGCUUAAGUAGGACUGACUUAGUUUGACUUAAUAGGACUAAAGUCAGUCCGGCUUAAGACAAGUCUGAAUCUUAAAACUUUAGACUAAAGUCAGAAUUCUGACUUGGGUCGGAAUACUGAGAAUAAAGUCAAAAUUUGACUUAAGUUCGACUUAAAUCAGACUGACUUCACGUUGUCCUAAGCCGAACUAAAGUCAGACCAACUGUUUGACUCAAGCCGACUUUACCGACUAAUGUCAAGUCUGACUUAAGUCAAGUCAGAGACUUAGAACUUUUAGACAAAAGUCAAGAGUUUUGACUUGGAUCGGAAUAUUGAGAAUAAAGUCAAAACUUGACUUUAGUUCGGCUUAAGUCGGACUGACUUAGUUUGACUUGAAAGGAACUAAAGUCAGUCCUGCUUAAGACAAGUCUGAAUCUUAAAACUUUAGACUAAUGACUAAAGUCAGAAUUCUGACUUGGGUCGGAAAACUGAGAAUAAAGUCAAGACUUGACUUAAGUCAGUCCGGCUUAGUCAGACUUCAAUUUAAGUCCAAAGUUCUAAGAUUCUGACUUGGGUCGGAAUAAUGGGAAUAAAGUCAAGAUUUGACUUUAGUUCGACUUAAGUCGGACUGACCAAUUUGUCAGAAUUGACAUUAGUUGGACUUAAGUUAUACUUCGACUUAAGUCUAAAGUUGUAAGAUUCCGAUUUAAGGCUAAAGUCAGAAUUCUGACUUGGGUCGGAAAACUGAGAAUAAAGUCAAGACUUGACUUAAGUCAGUCCAGCUUAGUCAGACUUCAACUAAGUCCAAAGUUCUAAGAUUCUGACUUGUCUUAAGACCAAAGUCAGAAUUCUGACUUGGGUCGGAAUAAUGAGAAUAAAGUCAAGACUUGACUUUUGUUCGGCUUAAGUCGGACUGUCUUUACUUUGCCUUAAGCUGGACUGACCGACUUAAGUCUAAAGUUGUAAGAUUCCGAUUUAAGGCUAAAGUCAGAAUUCUGACUUGGAUCAGAAUACUGAGAAUGAAAUCAAGACUUGACUUAAGUCAAAGUCCAUCUUAAGCCUAACUAAAGACAAAUUGGAAUCUUAGAACUUUAGUCUAAAGUUCUAAGAUUCUGACUUGUCUUAAGUUGAAGUCAGACUUAAGUCGAACUAAUGUCAAGUCUGACUCUAGUUUGGCUUAAGCCAAACUAAACUGAAGUCUAGAUUUCAUUCUCAGUAUUCUGAUCCAAGUCAGAAUACUGAGAAUAAAGCCAAGACUUGACUUUAGUUCCUCCUAAGUCGAAGUAAAGUCAGUCUGGCUUAAGACAAGUCGGAAUCUUAAAAAUUUAGACUUCCAAGACUCUUAAGUCUCAACUUUAGAACUUUAUUCUCAGUAUUCCGACCGCUGACAAUUUUUUCCUUUUCUCCACUGGCCCAAAUCCUUUUCCGUAGGAAUGAGAACAUUUUGUGUCUGUUAGAAAUAUUUUUCCAUUUACACCCAAUCCAACAGAAAGUUAAAGAAAUGGUUGACUAAGUGUACAUUUCAGCCUUGUGUUGGUGACAAUGCAAGCGGUUCGUGUGUUAUAGAAAUUUCCGAAGUGUGGCAUGUUACGUUUUUUUUAGGAUAUGCCGAUAGACUUUGAGCCUCAAGUAUCAGUGCAGCUAUUAAAACACUGAACAAUAUUGUUACUUGAACCGUAUGUUAAAAUAAGAAUGUUCUGUACUCCUGUUUUAGCUUCACGCUAUCGACCCUCGGUUUAAUCUUCCAGGCAGUCGUCCAACUGCUUGAAAAAAAUAUUCUCGAAUGAAUUUGAGGACAAAUAUGUUGCAUUCCAUCUGUACAACUGUAUGAAUUCAUUUCACACCUGUUCAUGCUCUAGUUGCCUUAAAGUAUUUCAUUUGCCUUUAGGUACCAAAGAAUUGUUUUUAAUUUAAAUAAAUGCACAUGGCAUAACACACUGAACCAUAUUCUGGAUGGAAAAGGAAAUAUUUUGGUUAAGUUGUACAAUAAAAGUUGAGUUCUGAGUGGAAA